AUGUGGGCAUGUAAAAAGCUGAAGUUUGAUUUAGCAAGUGCAGGGAAAGUACGGAAGCUGCAAUUGAAUCAGCUAGUCGAAUGGCGACGGGAUGCCUACAAAAAUGCCAAGAUCUAUAAGAAGAAAACCAAGAAGUGGCAUGACAACCGCAUAAACGACCGGACAUUCACCGAAGGUCAACAGGUAUUAUUAUUUAACACUCGUUUGCGGUUGUUCCCAGGAAGGUUGAAGUCCCGCUGGUCUGGGCCAUUCCGAAUCAAGACAAUCUUUCCUCACGGCGCAGUAGAACUAACAACAUUAGAUGGGAACAGCGUAUUUAAAGUCAAUGGUCAGUGGAUUAAGCCUUACUAUGGAGGCGACUUCGAACGACGCAGGGACACCAUUGACUUGGGCAAGCAGGAUUAA